AUGGCAUCCUUCUGGAGGGAGGUCAUCCUCACCAGCUCCCCCGACAAGCCCAUCACAGCCCAUGACCCUCUCACCGGCACCAUGCUUGCCCACUUCUCCAGCAGCCGCUCCCCUUGCAAAGGGCUCGCCCUCGCUAGCAACACCCACAUUGCCGCUUCGCACAUUUCAGCUGCUGCUGCAGAUGGUGUCAAGCUGCGAACUGUGCAAUUCCUGUGCGCAAUUUGGUGUGUUGCUGUGGAUCCUACUAGUUCUGAGUUCUAUGCUGGUGGAUCAGCUGGGAGCAUAUAUGUUGUACCAAGAGUAGGAGGAAGAAAGCUACGAGAUGCUGGAGCAGAGGUUACAGCAUGGGAAUCAGAGCCGAAUGGGGCAGUGAUGGCAGUGGCAAUGGCACAUGGGCAUCAGAACUUGAUAUCAGCUUCCGAAGAUGGGAUCAUAAGGAUUUGGGAUGUAGAGAGCAGAUCGGUGGUUCGGAUUAUUGGACUUGCGGGGGGUGCCCUUAGCGAUCUUAUAGUGGUGAAAGGGAUCAAUGCGAUCAAUGGAGCUCGAAAGGGAAUUGAAGUCGUGUCCAAUGGGAUGGGCGGUUUUGUGAGAGGGAGAUGGGUAGAAAUGUUAACGAGCUGA